AUGCACAACAGACGAAGAUUCUCGUCAUCUCCCGUCACCUUUCGAGUUCAAUGCGAGACGAAGUUCGGCUGGGAGGUGUGCGUGACCGGCGGGUGUGAGGCUCUUGGCUAUUGGGACCCUCAUCACGCGCUCCUUCUUCGGACGGACCCGGCUCGCUAUCCUAUAUGGGAGGGAGUUGGGCAGUUGCCUGGGGGUUGCGAUAUCGAGUACAAAUAUUUCGUUCGACCGCGGGAAAAGUCAGAGCUUGCAUGCUGGGAAUCGUGCCCGAAUAGGGUCGUUCGCACGGGGGUAACAGAGAAAGCUAUACUCCUUGUGACCGACCCGGACAAGAUCACGCCGGAAGAGUUAGAGCGCCAGGAGAUGUUGACUUCGCAGUACUUCCGAGACUGGACGACUCUGUCGGCUCCUUUCAGUUCCACUCUGAUCUUCAAUACUGCCAGGCCUCAGGAGGACUUCAAGGAGCUGCUUGAAGACGAAGCAUUCCAGAGGCCAUGCGCUCUCGUGUUCUGCAGAGACUCAGGGACGGAGAUCUUUGUCCGAGACUACGACACUCCGCAGAUCGAGGGGUUGAACGGAAACGAGCCACUUCUCAGCACGAGACCGGAGGAUGGAGCAGAGAAUGGGGAGGACGAUGAGAUCCGACUGGCACCAUGUCACGGAGUGACUGUCACGGGCGCCAAGUUGAAUUUCAGAACUCUCAAAACUUCAAGGCGGCCGCUUCAACCCGGCGUUGCCAACUUGAACUGGCCCGGGCUAGAUAAACUGGGGCCUGACACUGGCAUGCGAUUGGUCGCGCCGCAUUUGUACAACCGGCCGUCGCGCUGCGGCGUUGCCACUGCGGCGGCCGGGCCAGUCCGAUGUCGACUCGGCGGACAGACGGCCCGAACUGCCUUCCGAAUUCGCGCGGCCGGAACGGUCCAGUUUGUCACCGUCAAGUUGAGUCCUUGA